UUCGAAUCGGGAAACUUUCAAUAACAAUAUACUAACAAGAUAUUUUUAUUUGUUUUACCUAUAAUUCUGUUACAUAAUAUUAUUAUAUUUUUUCGAUAUUUUACAGUAAAAACAAUACUUUCAUUUUUGUAUGUGACCGAAAAUUCUUACGUAUUACAUCAAAUUUUAUUAAUGGUUAAGAUUUAGCUUAAAAAUUACACUUCAUUCUUAUUGCUUGUUUUUGGUGAAAAUUUCCUUUGAAUAAAUAUAUAUUCGUCGUUAGUGCAUGUAUUUUUCGCGUAAUACGAUUGAGAUGGAUAGUGAAAAGCAAAAAGAUGAGAUUGUCGCGUUGGAAAGUAUUUACAAUUCAGAAGAGUUUUCAUAUCACAAGGAGAAUGAUCAGUACCAAUGUACUUUUACGAUAUUCAUAAAUCUUCCUGUAGAUUAUCAAGCAACAUACAAGGAUUGUAGGCAAGUGGAUGAACCAGAACAAAAGAUUAAAAUAUCUCAUUUACCGCCAUUAAAGCUUCAUGUACUUCUACCAAAAAAUUAUCCUUCGGUGUUGCCACCUAAAUUUACUUUGUGCUCAUCUUGGUUGCAUCUUUCAUUGUUAACUAAACUGUGUAAAAAAUUAGACAAGUUGUGGGAAGAAAGUAAAGAGCAAGAAAUAUUGUUUACGUGGGUAGCCUUUCUGCAUGAUGAAACUUUAGAAUUCUUGGAUAUACAAGACAAUCUUAAUAUGAGUCCUGCUUAUACACAUUAUAAAGAAACUCUCGAAAUAGCACAUAACAUUCAUAAGAGUAAAAUAGAUAAUAUAGACAAAGAAUGUACAAUUGAAGGUACAAAGAACACCAUAAAGAAAGAAGUUAAUGUCAAGCAUUUAAAUAAGGAGAAGAUAGUAAGGAAAUAUCAUGAUAAAAGGGCUGUAUUAGAUUGUCCUAUUGGAAGAAACCCAAUACAAACACUGAUCGAUUACAAUGAGAAACGUAACCAAAUUGAAUUCAAGAAAAACUUCUAUACUUGUAAGAUUUGUUUUGUGGACAAAUUAGGAGAGCAUUGUACACAAUUUUGCCCUUGUGGUCAUGUAUUUUGUAAAGAUUGCAUAGCUGGUUACCUAGAAAUAAGAAUCAAAGAUGGAAAUGUGCAAAAUAUUUAUUGUCCAGAAGAAAAAUGUACCUCUGAAGCAACUCCUGCACAGAUAAAAGACUUAGUAAGUUCAGAAUUAUUUGCAAAAUAUGAUUCUAUAUUAUUGAAUGCUACAUUAGAUACUAUGGGUGACAUAGUAUAUUGUCCAAGACGUAAUUGUCAGUAUCCAGUUAGUCGUGAACCAAAUGAACAAGUGGCAAAUUGCCCAAUCUGUCAAUAUGCAUUUUGUGUUUAUUGCAAAAUGGUGUAUCAUGGCAUAGAACCAUGCAAAGUUUAUUCAGCUGAAAUACAUAAAGUGGUAGCUGAAUAUCAAGAAGCUCCUGAUGAUAAGAAACAGCAAAUGGAGCAACGUUAUGGUAAAAAACAACUCCAAACUUUGGUAGAAAAUGCUAUGUCUGAGAAUUGGAUUAAAAGUAAUAGCCAAAAAUGCCCUAAGUGUCAAGCUGCUAUUGAGAAAUCAGAUGGUUGCAACAAAAUGGUGUGUUGGCGAUGCAAUACAUAUUUUUGUUGGUUAUGCAACACUGUCCUCGAUCGUAAUAAGCCAUACGAACAUUUUCAAGAUAUGGGUUCUAAGUGCUAUAACAUGUUAUAUUAUGGAAUGCCAAUUGAAGAUAACGAUGACGAAGGAGAUGGUGACGACGAAAUAGGAGAUGACGUAUAUAUGUGGCAUAAUUUCGAACUGUAUCCAAAUUAUGAAUCAGAAGAUGAAGAUUUUUAUGAGGACAUUGUAAUAUAAAAUGAAAAUAAAACAUGAACAUACACGUUCA